GCGUUCGACUGCUGCCAGCUAGUUUGCAAGGUCAACAUAGUACAAGUGGCAUGCUCCCCACAUCGUAUUCAACUCAGCAUGCGCUGUAUGGAACGUCCCAGAGCUAUCCCUCUCUAAACUUCGGCGACAUCUCUGGCGGGUUGUUCGGCAGCCAGCCGUUCUCGUCUCAGUCUUCCCUGCAGAGUUAUCAAACGGGCAUUUCAGGUCAUGAUUCCAGUUCUCCAGAAGUUUUCAAGCAGAGCAUCCAACCCGUUCUCGGGGAAUUGGCUAGGGUGCAGAACCUGGCGCGCAGUGCUCUAGCGGGAAUCGAGCAUGCGUACCACCCGGGGACGAACCCGAUGCAGACGGCGUCGGACAUGACAGCUCUCUACCAGGCUCUGCAGGGACUGUCAGAGAUCCUCAGACAGUCGGGCGUCGGAGCGCUACCGGUGCAGCCUCCGGACUUGAGUAAUCCGCCGAAAGAGCAGCAGCUGAUGGUGGAUACGACGAAGGCAAUCGAGGCACUGUUCCAGCGCCAGAAGCGACUGCAGGACAGCGCUGCAGUGGUGGUGAGCUUGUUAGGUACGGAUCAUGCGGCGAGGAGAGCGGUAAGAGAGUAGGCUGAGGUCAAUUUUGUGUGAAUGCGAACUUGGACGGUAUGUCGGUGGAUACAGUGUAUGAUAUCGAAUUGUAGCUACUAAUGACUUAGGUACGGAGCUUCCUCCCAUGUUACGGUUGAAUGGAAC